GGUUUUCACCGAGGAACAAUAAUUUUCAAUUUAAAAAAAAAAAAAACAAAACAAAAAACAUUUAUUCAUUAACGUAAUGUUUUCUUAGUUUCGUGGAAAAGCCCAAUAAGGGUUUUGUCUUUAUUUCGAAAUAUUAUUUAAUGAUGUCUCAUUACUAGGUCAGGUUCAUGUACGGAGCUGGUAUAUGAAUGUUAGAAAUGUGAAUACCAAAAUACAGAUCACCUCAGUCUUUCACCUGGACCAUACAGAAAAAGAGAUAGAAAAUGGACAUUUACAAGCUUCUGCGUGUCGUAGUUAUAUUCUGCGUUAUAAAUCAAGGUCUGGCAUGGUGGGGCGGCGGUGGUGGAAGCAAAAGCAAGUCAUCCAGUAGGGAAACCAGCAAGAAGAGUAGCAGCAGUGGAUCAAGCUCAAGUAAACGCGGCUCUGGAAUUUGGGGCGGAAGCAGAAGUAAACCGUCUAAACCUGCUCCAAAGCCACAACCAAAGCCAAAACCAAAACCGCCUGCACCAAAACCAAAACCUGAAGUAAAGCCACAACCAAGGCCAAAACCAAAGCCGCCAGCACCGAAACCCAAACCCAAACCUGCUGAUUCUGGAAAACGUAAAUCUGGAUGGUGGGGCGGCAAAAACAGAAAUGUCCCACCGAAACCCAAACCAAAGCCGAAACCAGCACCUAAGAAGACCCCAGAGCCAACACCUAAAUCUAAAGGAUCAGGAUGGUUUUGGUCAGGUAAAAAGAAAAACGUCCCACCAAAACCAAAACCUAAGCCGAAACCUAUACCCGAGACACCGCCAUCAUCGAAACCAAAACCAGCUCCAAAGCCAAAACAAAUCACGAAACCUGAAACAGAUAUAAAGAAAGUGAUAGAAAAAUAUGAAGGUAUGAGACUAAAAGCGUACGAUGCCCAGCCAAAAAAUCCGAAAGUUCAUGAUACUACCAUAGGUAUAGGAUUUAACUUAAACCGACCCGAUGCAGAGAAAACGUUUAAGAAGCACGUGCCAGGGGUUGAUUUUAACAAAGUCAAGUCUGGAGAACAAACAAUAACAAAGGAACAAGCUCGUGCUCUGUUUAAUCAUGAUGUCGAUAACAUAUACGAACCAAGAGCAAGAAAUAAGGUGGGAAAAGAUGUUUACGACAAGCUGCCGUCCAAUGUAAAAGCAGCGGUGGUGAAUGCAGUGUACAGAGGUGAUCUGGGACCAAAAACUACAAACUUGAUAAAGCAAGGGAAGUGGAAAGAAGUUGGAAAGGAAUACCUUGACCAUAAUCAAUAUAAGAAUGCGGACAAACUGGGGAUACCAGGUGUUAAGACAAGAAUGGACUGGAACAAAGAACAGUUUGAUACCAUGAUAAAACAAGAAACUCCGAAACAAUAAAUUCCGAAAUAAAACGAAAAUGGAUAUUUUACUUGGAAAUGUUGAAUGAAUUUCUUCUUAUGAAAUAAAACAACUGAAAAACGCUGAUAAUAUAUUUAACAUUCUAUUUAACUAAAACCUCUGCAAAUAUAUAGAAGAUUGUAAGGUGAUAUCCUAUAGUAUGAUAUCACUCGCAUUCUGGUAUGUGCUUAUAGAAGUGUCUAUUAUCAGACUAUUUUGAGACACGCAUGUUUGGUGUUCGGUAAGGCGGAGAUACCUUUAUAAUUACAUUGCGCUGUAUUUUAGAACAAUGUUUUAGGAUAAGAGAUAGUGUUUGGUGUAUCCUUAACCGGUUUAAACUUCUAAAUGGUGUUUUAACAUUUGGCCUUUCUAGUGUGCUACCCCACUUUGUUUCUAUUACGUUUGUUUUGUUUUUGAUAUAUAUAAUUUUUACUUUUUUAAAAAUAAGAUAAAUGUAUGUAAUAUAAAAUAAAUAUUAAAGUGUA